AUGCGUGAAAUCGUCCAUCUACAAGCUGGUCAAUGCGGCAAUCAAAUAGGAGCGAAGAACAAAUUCUAUCAACAGGUAUCGGAUACCGUGGUCGAACCCUACAAUUGCACCCUUUCCGUGCACCAGUUGGUGGAGAACACAGACGAGUCUUACUGCAUUGACAACGAGGCCUUGUACGACAUUUGCUUCCGUACAUUGAAAUUGACCACACCUACUUACGGCGAUUUGAAUCACCUUGUGAGCGCAACGCUCAGUGGAGUGACCACGUGUUUGAGAUUUCCCGGACAACUGAACGCCGACUUGCGCAAACUCGCUGUAAAUAUGGUACCCUUCCCCCGACUGCACUUCUUUAUCCCAGGCUUCGCACCCUUAACAUCCAGAGGUUCGCAGCAGUACAGAGCUCUCACGGUCCCGGAACUCACGCAACAAAUGUUCGACGCGAAGAACAUGAUGGCGGCUUGCGAUCCGCGCCACGGUCGUUACCUGACCGUGGCGGCCGUUUUUCGUGGGAGGAUGUCGAUGAAAGAAGUCGACGAACAGAUGCUGAACAUUCAGAAUAAAAACAGUAGUUACUUCGUCGAGUGGAUACCCAGUAACGUGAAGACCGCUGUGUGCGACAUUCCUCCCCGUGGUCUGAAGAUGUCGGCGACCUUUAUCGGCAAUUCAACGGCGAUCCAAGAACUGUUCAAGAGAGUGUCGGAACAGUUUACCGCCAUGUUCAGGCGGAAAGCUUUCCUGCAUUGGUACACGGGCGAAGGAAUGGACGAGAUGGAAUUCACCGAGGCUGAGAGCAACAUGAACGACCUGGUCUCUGAGUACCAGCAAUAUCAAGAGGCCACCGCCGAGGAGGAGGGCGAAUUCGACGAGGAAGAAGAGGGCGAGGGUGAAAAUCCAUGAGGUCGAUUUAAACCCUGAACAAAUAUAUAUAUAUAGUCAAAGUUUCGUUCCUUAUGAAAAUGUGCAUGUAUCACCAGAGCUCGUAUUGUG